ACGCUGGACACACACCAGCCUGGGCACAGUGGAAGGAGCGGCUGCCAGCGCGCACGAGCUACAGCUGAAGCAGAGGCAUGGGGAUGGCGCAUGUCGCCCUGGCAGCGGUGCUGGCCAUGGCGGCAGCGGCGGCGACGGUGAGCGCGUCGCCGGCCCUGGGGGUCCAGCCGCUGUCCAAGAUCGCCAUCCACAAGGCCGCCGUUCACCUUGACCUCCACCGCUCCUCCGCGUACGUGCGGGCGACGCCGGCAGUGCUCGGCGGCCAGGACGAGGACACUGUGUGGGUCACCGUCAAGUACGGCUGGGAUAACCCUACCCCCGACGACUGGAUCGCCGUCUUCUCCCCCGCCGAUUUCAUCUCGGGCACGUGCCCUAACCCUGAGAGGUACCCCGCCGAGCCGCUGCUCUGCACGGCGCCUAUCAAGUAUCAGUACGCCAACUACUCGGCGAACUACCUCAAAGGUGGCAAGGGCACCAUCCGGCUCCAGCUCAUCAACCAGCGCGCCGACUUCUCCUUCGCCCUCUUCACCGGCGGCCUCGAAAACCCGAAGCUGGUGUCGGUGUCAAAGGCGGUGGUGUUCAAGAACCCCAAGGCGCCGGUGUUCCCGCGGCUGGCGCAGGGCAAGACCCACGACGAGAUGACCGUGACGUGGACCAGCGGCUACGACGUCAGCGAGGCCUACCCGUUCGUGGAGUGGGGCAUGGUCGGCGCCGCCGGCACGCGCACGCCCGCCGGGACGCUCACCUUCAACCGCGGCAGCAUGUGCGGCGAGCCGGCGCGAACGGUUGGGUGGAGAGAACCCGGGUUCAUCCACACGGCGUUCAUGAGGAACCUGUGGCCCAACAAAGAGUACUUCUACAAGAUUGGGCAUGAGCUCUCCGACGGAACCGUGGUGUGGGCUAAGCCCUACACCUUCCGGGCACCGCCAACCCCCGGCCAGAACUCGCUGCAGCGCAUCAUCGUCUUCGGUGACAUGGGAAAGGCGGAGAGGGACGGAUCAAACGAGUUCGCCAACUACCAGCCAGGGUCGCUCAACACGACGGAUAGGUUGAUUGAAGAUCUGGACAACUACGACAUCGUCUUCCACAUCGGCGACAUGCCCUACGCUAACGGGUACCUCUCGCAGUGGGACCAGUUCACCGCACAGGUUGCCCCCAUCAGCGCCAAAAAGGCCUACAUGGUUGCAAGUGGCAACCACGAGAGGGACUGGCCCAACACCGGUGGGUUUUUCGACGUCGAGGACUCUGGCGGCGAAUGCGGCGUGCCCGCCGAGACCAUGUACUACUACCCAGCCGAAAACAGAGCAAACUUUUGGUACAAGGUGGACUAUGGGAUGUUCCGGUUCUGCGUGGCGGACUCGGAGCACGACUGGCGGGAGGGGACUCAACAGUACAAGUUCAUCGAGGAAUGCCUCUCCACGGUGGACCGCAAGCACCAGCCGUGGCUCAUCUUCACGGCGCACAGGGUGCUCGGCUACUCCUCCAACUCGUGGUACGCCGACCAGGGCUCCUUCGAGGAGCCAGAGGGCCGGGAGAGCCUGCAGAAACUGUGGCAGAAGUACCGCGUCGACAUUGCCUACUUCGGCCACGUCCACAACUACGAGCGUACAUGCCCGCUCUACCAGAGCCAGUGCGUCAACAACGAGAAGAGCCACUACUCGGGCACCAUGAACGGGACCAUCUUCGUCGUGGCCGGCGGCGGCGGUAGCCACCUGUCGGAGUACACCACGGCGAUCCCCAAGUGGAGCAUAUUCAGGGAUCACGACUACGGGUUCACCAAGCUGACGGCCUUCAACCACUCGUCGCUUUUGUUUGAGUACAUGAAGAGCAGCGAUGGCAAGGUCUACGACUCCUUCACCAUCCACAGGGACUACCGUGACGUGCUCAGCUGCGUGCACGACAGUUGCUUCCCCACCACACUCGCUAGCUGAUGGUCUGGCCGUUCAUGGAGGGUCAUGCAAUAAAAUUGGUAAGCCGCACAAUUUAUAUGUACUAAUAAACAAAUCUCGUGGGCGUGAGUACCUGGUGUCCAACCGUCAUGGAGUAUCGAGCAAUAAAAUUGGUCAGCUGCACUAUUUAUACGUGCUAAUAAAAAGAUCUCGUGGGUAUGAGUUGGUGUUAGAUGUGCGCAUACUAAUCAUACAAGAGGCAGGUGUAUGCUAAUUAUGCUUUGUAACUCCUUGAUAUUAUAUUAUGGAAUGAUAAAAGCAUCAUUUAUC